AACUUCCUGGUACACAAACAUGGCGGGAGUGAGGUGGCUGAUACUUACUGCGGCUGUGUCAGGGUGGUGGAUUCAACUCAUACUGGGUACCAGCUGCCCAGGAGGAAUGUUCGGAGACACAUGUAGCUACUCAUGCCACUGUACACCGCCCUGUAACCAGACAACUGGAGUCUGUAACGGUGCAUGUGAUCGUGGUUGGUUUGAUGGGAAUGGGCAAACUUGUCAGAGAGAGAACGUUGCCUUCCACAAGACGGCAACUUCGUCCCCAACUGACUAUGCGUCUAAAGGCUGGACUGCAGACAAAGCCGUGGAUGGGAACCGGGACCAGGAUAUGUUCAACGGCCCCUGCUUUCACUCUCAUUCUACGGCACGUAACCCUACGUGGACAGUUGACCUGGGACAGCCGUACAGGAUACACGACGUCAGGAUAUACAACAGGGCAGGAUAUCCUCAGUUGAUCAGGGCUGCUGUCCUCACACUGAGUAACUCCAGCAGCUCCACACCCGGCGUCACCUGCUACACCUUCCCCUCUGGCACAGCUAAAACUAUCAACAGCGUGUACGACGUGACGUGUGACGGCACAGGGAGAUACUUCACCAUCAAACACAGCAAUAAACCACUAAAUCUGUGUGAGGUGGAGAUUUAUGUUUGCAGCCCAGGAGUCUUUGGCGAUAGCUGCAAUCAGUUCUGCCACUGCUUCCAAGCAACGUGUGACCCAGUCAGCGGUGUGUGUCCUGGAGACUGUAGACCAGGGUGGCAGGGAGAGAGAUGUGAUACAGUGUGCCCAAAUGGAAGUUAUGGGCCGAAGUGCAACAACAUGUGCACUGAUAGGAAUUGUGCAGGAGACUCGCCAUGUGAUCACAUAAGCGGGACAUGUGUUUCUGGGUGUGAAGCUGGAUGGAUGGGUGACGACUGCAUAGAGGCAUGUUCAAAUGGAAGCUAUGGACAGAACUGCAAGAACUCGUGUCAAGAUAGGAAGUGUGCUGGGGACUCGUCAUGUGAUCACAUUAGAGGGGCAUGUGUUUCCGGGUGUGAGCCAGGUUGGAUGGGUGAAGAUUGUAGAGAAGCAUGCUCCAAUGGAAGCUAUGGACAGAACUGCAAGAACUCGUGUGAUGACAGGAAGUGUGCUGGAGACUCGCCCUGUGAUCACAUUAGAGGGACAUGUGUUUCCGGGUGUGAGCCAGGUUGGAUGGGUGAAGAUUGUAGAGAAGCAUGCUCAAAUGGAAGCUAUGGACAGAACUGCAAGAACUCGUGUAAUGACAGGAAGUGUGCUGGGGACUCUUCAUGUGAUCACAUUAGAGGGACAUGUGUUUCCGGGUGUGAGCCAGGUUGGAUGGGUGAAGAUUGUAGAGAAGCCUGUGACAUUGGACGUUACGGAGCUAACUGUGACAAGACUUGCGUCUCCAGACAGUGUGUGGGGAACUCUUCCUGUAACUCAACAGGGGACUGUGACACCGGGUGUGAGACAAGGUGGUCAGGAGCGGACUGCACAGUACAAAUCCAAGCUUCUACAUCCCCGGCUGUGCCUGUCGCGGCAGUUGGUGGUGCUGUGGCCGGCCUUGUCCUGUUGGUCCUGGUGCUGGUCCUCCUCAUCAUCAUCAGGAGGAGACGAAACAGAGGGAAUAAGUCUCCUGAUGGACCAGUAUAUGAUGAGACAUCUCCAAGGAAUAGAAAGCUCCAAGGUGCUGAUAACGUUUACAUGAAUGUUGGGUUUGAGGAGAACAAAUCCGUGUCCAAGAAAGGACACACUCUGACAAUGGGUGACAAAGACCACGGCCAUCCAGAGCACCAGAAGGAAGCUGAUUCCCAGAGUGUGGCCAACCAAGAGGAAGACGACAAGGACGCCAAUGUUGACAUACAUCCGAAGGGGGAAGCAGUAUCGGGUGUCUCAGGAUGUAGCUAUUACAACUUAGGCGACCUUGGUCACGUGAUUCCCUUGUCUUCUCUUGAGGCAAGAGUACGUGAAAUUGAAAAUCAUCCCCAAGAGGCAUUCGAGCGCUUGCCAGGCGGAUUUACCCACAGCUACGUAGAAUCUCAGAAGGCAGGGAACAAAGGGAAGAAUAGAUUCAAGGGAUACUAUCCAUAUGACUACAACCGUGUGGUGUUGCACAACGACAGUGACGGCAGUAGAGGCGACUACAUCAACGCCAGCUACCUAGAUGGAUAUAAAACUGACAAUCGAUACAUUGCAGCACAAGGUCCCUACAAGUCGGACAUUGUCGGGGAUUUCUGGAGGAUGAUUUGGCAAGAAGGUUGCACGUCUAUUGUCAUGGUAACAGGGUUGGUGGAAGCCGGCAAGGUGAAGUGCCUUCAGUAUUGGCCUUCGGAGAAAGGAUCAGAGAAGUUUGGUGACGUUAUGGUUACUGUGGAAACAGAGACACGACUAGCCAACUACACCAUCACCAAGUUGGCUGUUGAGAAUGAAAAGGAAAGCGAGAGACGGGAUGUCUGCCACCUUCACUUCACCAGCUGGCCAGAUCAUGGUGUGCCGGACACUGCUGCCCUGCUGGACUUCAUGUGGAGGGUCAAGGUCAUAUCUGGACAACAAACAGAGCCGAUCAUAGUCCACUGCAGUGCUGGCAUAGGUCGGACAGGGACGUACAUCGCUAUCGAGAGUCUUGUGGAACAGGCUAAGACAGAGGGCGUUGUAGACGUCGUCAGCUUCGUCUCCAACAUGAGAGGGCAGAGGAAGAACAUGAUUCAGACAAAGGAGCAGUACCUGUUCGUGUAUCAGGCGGUGGCGAGGGCGGUUGCAGAGGGUGACACGUCACUGGAUUGUGACGUCAUCAGAGAAAUGAACCUGGAUGACGUGUCAGACUUUGCUAUGGGAAAUAGGACUGUUCAACAACAUAUCAAGGUCUUUCAAAGUGAAUUUCAAGACCAACCCGACGAUUCACCCUUCAAGACUGUACCAUCAUAUACAUCGCGGAAUGGUUUCGUUAUCAUGACGUCACUUCCGAACAAAGAGGAAGUGUGGGAGACACUUUACAAUAGUGACUGCCGAAGUAUAUUCACGUACCCUACACAUGAUCAGUGUUAUCUACCAACAUCUGAAACUUCAGUGACAACCAUGAGGUUCGAAGUGACUGUUUGCAGAUCUACCCCAUUGUCUGACAACAUCUUACUAAACACGGUUGAAGUCAAAUUAAAGGAUAGUGGCGAGGUCACUGUUAUACAACACUACCACAACACCGGAAGUGCACGUGACGCGGAACUUGAUUUGCUUAUUGAUAGCUUUCUGACAUGGACCAAUGAUCCGGAACGAGUCUGCAGCAUGAUCAUUUCUGACUGUAUGAGCGAGUGUCGACUCCUGGUGCUUCUUGUGAACAUCGCCAGCAGACUGCAGGACGACGGUAGAGUGGACGUCAUCAACAACAUGCGACAACUUUACACACGUCUGGGAGGUCCACCAUUCACAGAGGCUGACGUGAGACUAUGUCUGGAGUUUACUCAGCGGCGACUGGAGACACGUGGAGUUUACGCCAACAUGUGACAACAAGAACCGAAUCUUCCAUGGAAGCGACUGUAUGAAACAGUGGCCUAAAGGAAACGUUCAAUAUUAUAGAGAAACAAUGACAUAUCAUCACAGCUUACCAAUAUUCUGUAAGACUGCAACUUUAAGGACAUCAUACCGUCAAAAAUGAAACAUACCGGAAGCUCCAUCCUUGAAUUCCAUUUUAUUAGGGAAAAUAAUUUUCAUAGUUUUAAUUUUGUUACAUUCACAAUAUUUUUAUGAACUUGAUAUUUUGCGUUGUAUUAUUCAUGACCUCUUGUUGCAAGGCAAAACCUGGUUUUCUGGUUGCACUCGUAGCAAAUUAUUUUUUAUGAAAUCCAUAUGCACAUCUUUUUUAUUUUCUCUUUCCGAUUUGUAUGUGAUAUAUUGCUGGUAAAGCGAAUGAGAUUUCUAGAUGCACAUGGACGUUAUUUCUCUAUUAUAUAUUAUAUAUAUUAUGAAAGUCGCAAAGUAUAAAAAAAAACAAUUUGAUAUCUUUGUAAAAACGCAAAAAGAGUGUGCACGGUUUUUUUAGAAUUUGAUAUUUAUUGCAUAGAGAUUGAUUUGAUUUAACGAAAUUACAGAAAUAUGGACAGGUUCUUUCAAAUGUUUUGAUUCGAUUCUUGUGAAGACAGAUACUGAGUAUGCAUUUACUUUGGGUUUUACUAGCAAGGUAACUUGGCAGAAGAAAGCUAUUCUAAAAGUUUUAAAAAUUUAAACUAGCUGCAAUUUAGCUAGCAAAUAUAUUUUGAUUGGACAAGCGAUGUCAUUCCAGAGAUUUAUUGUGAAAUGUCUACAAAUUAACACUAAGGCUGGGCUGGUGUGUCAGCUAAAACAAUUAUCAACCAUACGUUAUUCUGUGUAACUCAGAAUCAUAACUCCUCUUGCGAGUAGAUCUCCAGCUGUCAGCCUCAAAUAAAUAAGGCCUCAAA